UUUUUUCUACUAUUUGCUUUGUGAACUAUUUUAAAUUAUAUGUUUUUUGUCACAUAUAUUAUCAGAACAUUUAAAGUUGUUGUGAAAUAUGAAGUGUUACAUGUUUACCAUAAAAUUCGUUUCAUUUUAUUAAAGAGCUUUGUUUGCUUUAGACUGGUGAGUUAGGUGUGGCCAUUCAUUCCAUGGAUGCUUGCUUUGGUUUAACUCGCAAAAAGUUGGCAGGGAAUAGUUUUGCCGUCCCAAACCAUGGCUGCCUUAAGUUUGCUGAUCAGGAUGAAGUAGAUGAUUUUGUUGAUCAAUAUAGCAAGUCUAAUAACAAAGUAGGAGAGAGUUGUCAGAUAUUUAAGGCAGGAGAAGUUACAGAAGCACUUCACUCCAAAGGAAAAAAUCAACUUUUUGAUGAAAAAUGAGUGUUUGGUAGUUGUUGCAGUCGGCAUUCACACCUUGGACGAUUUUUCAGCACUAAAUAUGGGGAAAGAAUUUCGUAUACGCUGUUCCUAAUCCAAAGCAUUUUAAAAGAUGCUGACCAAAGUCCUGGUGUUGAUUUAAAAAUAAUGUAUGAUAUUGGAUGUGUAUUAUCAUCACAUUUAAAGGCAAACAAGAGGCAUGACAUUUUGUCAAAAGUGUCAAUUUCGGUGCCGAUAUUUCAUUGUUAUGGACACUAGGCUUCAUGCCAGGUCAAAUUCAGUCCUAGAAGGCUCGAUGGUUUUGGUCUUACAGAUGGUGAGGCUAUUGAAAGGCUCUGGGCUUACCUUCGUGGGUUCUCUGCAAUUACUAAGGAGAUGUCUGCCAGUAGAAGAGUAGAUCUUUUGACAGACGCGCUUCUUCAGUUAUCUCGAAGAAAUUUUAGCAAUGCAGGAAAAUCGUUAACGUCGAAGCUUAAAAAAUGUCUACAACUUAAAAUUAAAACGCAACAAGAAAUGAAGAAUUUAUUUAGCGAACUACCUGUGACGUACGAUCCUGAAAUUGUUUGUCAGUGGGAGGCCAAAGAGAAGGAAAUUAUGUCAAGAGUCUACCCAGAACAUAAAGAAACCACGGAGAACUGGAAAGUGACGUACGUUCAAAAGCUACUGCAUUUUAAACAACUAAGUGCUACAUUAUUCGGAUGUUUUGAAGAAAACCAGGAGAUAACAUCUGAAGAUUACUCAAUUGAUCAGAUGUCGAAAAAACUAUACCAGUUUCGAAAGAUUUUAAAAGAUAUUGAACGAAAGCAUUCUGUAAAAGAAAGAUGGAAACCUGGUCAUCCAAAUUUUGACGUCGUUGCAUUACAAGUCAUACAAAGAAAACGAAAGAUACUAUCGGAGCUUUAUAGACUUUCCAUAGAAAGGCAUUUCUUAAUAACAUUGAGAAAGAAGUAUGCAGAUGGUCAGAAAAUUGCCACUCGCUUGUCCAGGCAAAUCACCAAGAUCACGAACAAGAUGAAAUUAACAAUUGAGAAACACAAUGCUGCCAUUGAUUCUCUUCGUGAUUUUAUAAACAGUUUACCCGAUCGUCUGACAUUUGACAAAGCGAAAGAUCCUACAUCAGACCUUUAUGAGGGAUUUGAGUCUGGUGAGGAUGACAUUCUAGGGGAAGCCUCGGUCCCAGUAUACACAAAGAGGAAGGCUAUUGAAAUGUACUUAAUCCUAAAACGAUGUGACGAGGAAGAGAAACUUUUAAACUUGGAAAUAGAAAGGCUUCUAUUGUAUUACACCAAUCUUAGCUCGAAAAUUGAUGAAGCACUUGCCGAUAUUGGUGAUUUGAGCAGCGAUGAAUUCAUGCUUGGUUCAAAGCAUGAACUGAUAAGAUUUAAAACCAAAUUGCGGAAUGAGUUGUUCAGCUUGAAGAAAAGUUUUGAGCUUCCACUUGGAGAAACUUUUCUUCUCCAUGCUGAGAUUGUCAACUUAACCAAUGAUGUCAACAUUCCCAAUGAAUCUGAAAGCUCACCGUGA